AUGGGUUUUCAGAUUGGAAGUCAGCUGGCAGAGAGUCUGGCUGAGAUUUGCACAGGGAGCACAGAGCCCGCCUUCCUGGACCCCUCUAGGGCCGACGUCUCCACCCCACAGGGGCUGAUGGUGGGAAGCUCCACCUCUUCCAUCCUUGACUCAGCACUGGAGUUGCACUCUCAGGGGGAUCCCCAGGCUGAGCUUCCCCUGGACCAGCUGGAGCCUCCUGAGCCCCCUGAGGAAGAGCCCUGGGCUGCAGGGCCAGCUCCAGUCCACGCUGAUGUCGAAGCUACUGAGCUGGUGCCAGCUCCCCCUCCAACUCCCUCACCAGCUCUGACCUCACAGCAAGACCCCGCAUCUAGAUCCCCUCCUCCACCAGCUGCAGAGCUGGAAUCCUGGGGGCUCCACAGCAGGAGGCACCCCUCAGAGCGCUACCUGCAGGCAGCUCUGGACCCUCGCCUGCCAUGUCCUUCUGUUCAAGAGUUGAUCAUUAUUUUACUUACCGCUGUUCUCAUUGCCCAGAGAUAUGAGAGUUAUAGGAUUAAUAUAAAUAAAAUGUAA